UUGAUCAACAGGAAAUAAUACGUGAUGAACAAAAGAAGGCGGAAAAUGGAAACAAAAGAAGAAUUUUAAAGGUUGUUUAUGUUUUCAUAAAGCAACACCAUGGAUAAAUAACCGGAACUACUAAAACCUAUAGGCAUGCGAUUCUUUUAAAUGCUACAUGAUCACAUAGACAGGAUGUAUUUUGAAACUUGCCAAUAGUUUGGUUACAGUGCUUUUUAAGUGCAGUACUGUAGCCAUUGAAGUAGACGUUUAUCAAGUCAGCCAUAACUUUAGGAAAACAUCACAUCUGUAGGAACCAACAUGAGUCAGUUAUCAGAAGAAGAAUCAAACUUUCUCAGAUUUUACUACCUGAACCUAACAAUUGCUUCAAAGGCUGUCAGAGUAUAUUUUGAUUUUGUUCAUCCACCAUCUGGACUUGCAGGAGAGCUUGGAAAGACUUCUACUUCAGUAAAUUUGAAAGGACUUCGGUUUAUAACAAAACUACAACUGCAAAAAUUAUACCCUAGUACUGGAAGUAAUGUUGUUAGGUCAGAACACUUUGAUACAACACUAAUAGUUUGCCUUUUACGAAACAUGACACCACGUGAGAGUGCCCCUAUAACAGGAUGGGAUAACUCACCACAACCCGGGGAUACCAGUACAGGAGCAGACCUCGCGAGAGUUAAAUGGUACCGAAACAAGCUAGCUCAUAGCGAGGUUGGGAAAUUGUCUCCAGCAGAUUGCACUCAGUACUGGGGAGAUCUUGAAGGUGCCAUUGAACGUCUUGGUGGAAAAACACUACUGAAGGAAGCUCAGUCGGCACAACAUAUUGUUUUAGACAAAUCACUUAAAGAGAUGUUAGACAUGGUCAGAGUUUGUGAAAACAAUGUUGCAGAACAUGCCGAAAAGAUAGAUAAUCUUCAAUUAGACAUUGACAAUCAAAAGACCAUUAAAAUGAAACAUGAAAAUAAUAUACAGCAGAUUAAUGCUUCUCUACAGCAAAGGGAAGGCGAGGCUCUAAAACUUGCUACUGAACUUUCUGAUAACAAAGGAAUUGUAGACAAGUGUCAAGAAGAGAUUGAAGCAUGUUCGAAAGAAAUAGAGAAGAUUUGCCAUCUAAUGGAAAAGAAACAGACAAAAGCAUUGGAAAGACAGAACAAAGUUGACGAAUUGAUACAGCAUUUAGUGUCACUUGGUUGCAAACAUGAUAUAAAGAUUAAUGAAUUCGAUGAACAGAUGGCAAUUCAAGGAACACAGAUGGCAAAACAUAAUGCACAGUUGGCAAAAUAUGAUGAACAGAUAACAAUUCAUUGUGAACAGGUGGUAAAUUUCGAUGGACAGUUGGCAAAACAAGAAGAAAAUAUUGAAAUGCAUGAUGAACAGUUGGCAUUACACAAUAGGCAGUUGGCAAAUCUUGAUGGACAGUUGGCAAAACAUGAUGAAAAGAUGACGACACAAGUUGAACAGAUGGCAAAACAUGAUACACAGUUGACGAAAUAUGAUGAACAGAUAACAAUUCAUAGUAAACAUGUCGCAAAGUUUGAUGGACAGUUAGCAAAACAAGGAGAAAAUAUUGCAAUACAUGAUGAACAGUUGGCAUUACACGUUAGACAGUUGGCAAAUCUUGAUGGACAGUUGGCAAAACAUGAUGAAAAGAUGACGACACAAGUUGAACAAAUGGCAAAACAUGAUACACAGAUGGCAACAUGUAUAAAAGACAUUGACAAUAUGAAGAAGAAACAGUUUGAUACUGGUGUCUCGUCAGUUGGAGAAAACCAAAGACGACUAGAGGAUGACACUAAAGCCAUUGUCGAGGAAGAUCUUAAUGAGGAUACAUUUGUGGUGACUAAAGCAGUGACAGAUAGCUUGUUGUUGCUGAAACAAAACGGAGUCUUACUUAUCACUGGGCAUGCAGGUACAGGAAAAAGUAGGAUAAGUCGUCAUAUUCUUCAAAUGGUUUGUUCUAAAAGCAAUGCAUACAAAUGCUUAAAGCUAAAUACAUUGGAAGAAUGGGGAAAUAUCAUCUGUAGAGAAGAACACUUAAUUGUUUUACUUGAUGAUAUUUUUGGAGAGACAAAUUGUAUUUAUAAUAGAGAGAAAUAUGUUCCAAUUUUAGACAAGGUUCAUGCAUAUGUAUGUCAAGGUAAUACCAAAGUCAUUAUAACAAUCAGAGAUACAGUAAAACGUCAAUGUCAAGAAGUGUUUGAAAAUCAUAGGUUAUUUCAGUUUAAGUUUAUUGAUCUAAGUUCUGACAAUUAUACACUAGAUUUUUUUGAGAAAAGAAAGAUGCUUAUCAAGUACAUGAAAACAGUUCGGCACUCAAACCAUAUGGAGAAAACAGGUUUUGUUGACUCUAACGGAUUGGUUAUUGUUAAGGAGAGUGAAGUUUCAGAUAUCAUAUUGGGGAAUCCAGUCAAAGGGUUUCCAUUGGCACUUUAUCAGUUUGUUCAUAAUGAAAAAUAUUUCCAGCUUGGAUGCAAAUUUUUUGACAGGCCAACAGAAGCUAUGCUAGAGGAAAUAAAUGAAAUAAGACGUAAGGGUGAGGAUGAAAGAAAAUUUAUGAUACAGUACGCUAUUUUAGUCUACAUAGCAAUUAAUGCAAACUGCAUUAACCUUGAUAAAAGCUCAAAUGUUACAGAACUCAAAAAUAUGAUUGAGGCAAUAUAUGAACGGACCGUCAAAUUAAAACAAAACAACAUAUCAGAUACUGUCAAAGAACUUAAAGGAAGUUAUUUAGUAAAUGCUUGUAGUCAAAAUCACAGGAUUUACAGCUUACACCAUCAAAUGCUAUUGGAAAGUGUUGUAUUAUCUUUUGCACAAAUAGAUGAGGAAAAUAAGAACAAGAUCAUACCUUUACUUAGCUGUUCAUUUGUCCUAAAAAUGGUAAAACCAGCUUCAUACAACGAAAUGGAAGGAGAUGUUGUUUUAAGAAUUUCAACAGACAGUUAUAAACUAUUGGCAAACAGAAUAGUGGAAAUAUAUAUGGCAAAGUUACGGGAUGUACAUUCUUUUGUAAGGAGCAUCAAUAAUACUGAAAUAUUUGAACAAGACGGUUCACUGAUGCUCUCUUAUUUACUAGAAGCUUUUGAAAAGGAAGAUAGCAUAGAUAAACAUACAGAAAAUAUGAUGAAAUCUGGUAGCAUUAAUGUUCUGCUUCUACAUUUGAAGAACAAACAACGUUUUCUUACCACUUUACUUAAUAUUUCAGCAGUCAAAUCAGACACAACCUUUGAGAUGUAUACCUUUAUAUUGCAAGAGCUUAAACAAAUUAUCAAUACGAGCAAUGAUUUUUGCGCUAUUUAUGAAAUAAAAUCUGCGUUAAUAUCAUCUUUAUAUGAUAUCUGCUCUAAUAAAGAUGUAAGAUUUGUUAAAGCUACAUUGGAUAUAGUAGAAGAAAACAAAAUACCAGUUUUACUUGAUCAAGGUAUAAGUCUUUCAAAAAUAGGAUUUUCAAGAUUUGGCCUGUUUGAUGAUUUUGAUUGUGUUAGAUUAGAUAAUACAUACAUUUUUCUUACAUUCUGCAUUUGGAAGGCUUAUGAAGUGUUUAAUGAACCAGUAUUAGAAUACUUACUUUCAAAAUACAACGAGAUUCAAUUUGAUGUUCCUUUGUUUUUAGAGAUGAUUUAUACAAAAGAUUGGAUAGGAACUGAAUCAUCAUUAUCUUAUAAGCCGUUGGAAUGGCUGGUUAACAGAUUUGGCGAAAACAUAGUGAAAUCUGACUUCAUUAUAAAAACGGCUUGUCAAUGCAAGUUGUUUGAUACAGUCGUUUAUUUUGCAUCCAGUAAAACAUUUGAUGCCUAUUCCAGUUUAGAAAUAUUUCUCGACGACUUUGAGGUAAAUAUAUUUUCUGACUUGAGUGAACUUUGUCGAAAUAAAAAAAUGUUUAAUUUUCUUUGGUCAAAAGUUGACAGUGCUUCAAUAGACAUGACUCCAAUCGUAAUUCUAAUUUUAAAGAAAACUCGCUUUCAUGUUAUUCCUGAGUAUAUUUAUAAUGCCAUUCUACCAGUAUGUUUAAAUAAAGAAAGUAUAUUGAUCUUAGCCUGCAGGAAUGCACAUUUUUAUUUGGCAGGUCUAAUAAUUGAUAAAAGUCACUUCAUAGACAUUCAGUCUGCUUUAAUUGCAGCAUGCAUGUCGAUUCAGAAGGUUAGUUGGUUCAUCAGAAAAUUCGAGGAUUCAAAUGUAGAGAUUGAACAGUUAGAAAUAAUAGAAAACAUACUUUUAAAAUUUGGUUGUGAACAGUUUGAUCUGAAAACUGCAUGUCGACAGGCAUAUCAGGCUGGAAAUUUCAAAAUCAUAAGAUGGUUUGUUCAGAACAUUGAUAUAGUUCAGUUGGAUUUGGAAAUCAUUGUAAAGACAGCUUUAGUUGGGGGAAAAAUUGAAAUAUUAGAAUACAUUUUGAAUGAAUAUAACGUAACAAAGUUUGAUAAAAUGGAAGUUUUGAAAUACAUUACUAAAUACUAUAAUGCCAGAUAUUAUGCUGUAAUAUUGAAUACAUUUAGUGUCAUCUGGAUAAGUGCAAUGGACAAAAGCGAGUUUAAAAUGGAGGAAAUAGUUAAAAUGGCGUAUGAAGGAAAAUGUUUUGAGUUAUUAGUGUGGGUUCAUCUAAACUGCAAGUUACAAAUAUCUAUUAAUGCAGAAAAAGUAUUCUUGUUGGCAUGUCAAGAAUGCAGAGUGGAUGUAGCAGAAUGGGUACUGCAGACCUUUGAUCAAACAUCAUUGAAAAUCGACAAAGGAAAGGUAUUCAUUAUUGCAUGUGAAAAAAUUUGUAAUAAACCAGAAGUAACACCUCAAUUCGUUGGAAUUAUUGAUUGGACUCGUGAAGUCUCUGCAAUUAACUCCUCGGAUCUGAAGUCUGGUGUUUUAAAGUUAAUAAGUCACGUGGGGGAGGUGACUUGGAAAAUAAGGGAUGACUUUAUGGAUUUCAAAAUGAAUUUAGUUAUUGAUAUAUUGGGAAAUAACUUGAUUUUUUUAAGUACAGAAGAUAUUGAAGAAAUAAUGAACAAAUCACUUCAACAGAAGUAUUAUGAUCUAGUAAAUUGGUUAUUGGAAAAUAAAAGCUCUUGUUCAUUUGAUAAACAAAACAUUUUAAACAAUGCCUGUGCAGAUGGUGAAAUUAAAACCUUAAAGAAGCUGAAGAAAGAAUUUCAUUGCUUAGAGAUACAGGAAGCAAUAAUUCAUACAUGCAGUAAUUCAUGGAAAUCUAAAAGACACUGUCAGUACAUACAUGACCAUAAAUAUAUGUACAUUUCUUACAGUGAUGAUCAGACAAUUGCCUGUUUAGAUCUGUUCUUGGAGGAAAUUCAUCAUAAUACAAUUGAUAUCAGUAAAAUCGUGAGUAUAGUGUGUGAAGAGGAAGAUGUCAGUUGCAAUGUAAUGACAUGGAUUCUUCUUAAUCUUCCCAAUGAACAAAUACCAAUCAAUGAUGUCUUAAUUGCUUGUUGUCGAAUUUCUAAAUUAAAUCAUGUGAAGUAUAUAUUACAUACAAUAAAUAAUGAACAGUUUGAUAUAAAACAAGCUUUUGGAAUGGCAUAUUCAAUGUUGGGUGAGCCCAGAACUGAUAUUUCAGUAGGCCUAUGUGUUGUGGAUUGUCUGUUCAAAAGGUUCCAGGACAAAAUCUGUAGUUUAUUCAGUGAUCUGAAUUAUUUGAUUGGAUGGGGAACAUGCCAUUUAGUACUAUUCUUUCUAGAGAAAGGUCAUUAUGGGAUUACAAACAUGAAGAAGCUUUUGCAGGGAGCAUAUAUCAAUGGACAUUUUAAAGUAGUACAGUGGAUUUUAGCACAUGUUGACCAUAAAGAACUCGAUAUUCAAUCUACAUUUAAAAAUACUGGUUAGAAUCUAAAUAUUCGAAACCAUGUGAAGAGUUUAGCCUUAAUGUGGCAUUAUACAGAUGUUACAAGUACAAAAAGGAUUGAGUUGAAUGUGGAAUCAAGCGCUGUUUAUGAUUAUGAAAUAAGAUGUUUAUGGAAUUCCUUAUUGUUUGUGUCAAGUUAUCGUGAUAAACACGAAGACCUGAGUAACUGGUUAUCUUACAUAAGUGAUAUAAAUCAAAGAAUGAUUUCUAUCGGUCAAUUCUGAUGGAGGUGAAAUAAAAGACUGAUAAGAAUUAUAUAUGCUGACCAAAGUGUAUUUUUUUUAUGUAUGGGAGACUCAAUACAAAAACGUGGAUCAUCCAGCUUAAGGUGGUACCUAACACUACAGGGAGAUAACUGUGUAAAAUCAGCUAAACGUUUUAAUAACGUUGUGUUGUUAAGGGAAUAUUAAGCUUCUCAAUAUUCAAAAUCAGUGUUUGUCAAAUUGCUAUAUAACCAGUGUAAUAUUUCUGACAAAACGGUUGGUUCAAAUGUUUUAUAUUUUUCAUAUUUUUGUCAAAGGGUCAAAGUAAAUAUUCAUUAAAAUUUUAUGAAAAUUAAACGAGCCAAAUUAAUUUCAGUGAAAGUUUUGGAUACCACCUUAAAUGAAUUAGAAUGAUAACUGAAAAAAAAAUACGGAAAAAGAAAAUCAAACAUAAAAUGUGUGUCAAUCGAUGAAUUGAAACGUUUUCUAUUUUACUAGUUCUAAUAGGAAGCUUUACGUUUCAUAAGGGAAGACAUAAAAAUAAUCAAUGAAGGAUAACAAAAACUCUAUUUAAAUAAUUUGGAGCAAGUUUUGUUCAUCUUUUUUCACUUAUAUCAAUAUUGGUCAACAAUUUGUCCACCAAAAUUAAGUUAAUGGGAUGGGUUAAGGUGUCAGAGAAAAACAUAUGUGAUUUUUUUUUUUAUCCUAUAUUGACUUUUUGACGUCUCUAACAUACACAUGAAAUUUUGAAGUUUAUAACGUUACAAAGUCAAUUAUGAUUGGCUUCCUAACGACUUUCCUAACAUAAUAAUUGAUGACAAAUUAAUUGUAUAACAUUUGUAGGAACAAUUAACCAAGAAGAGACAAUAACAUUACGCGAACAGUCUAUUUAAUUUAAUUUAAUUAAUUUAGUUAUUACCUUAGCUGUAAUUGGCAUAACUUUUAGGAAUAGUUGGUCCUCAAUGCUCUCCAAUAUUCUACUCUUUUUGAUCUUUGAAACAAUUUUUGAUUCGAGCGUCACUGAUGGGUUUUAUGUAGACGAAACGCGCGUCUGGCGUAAAUAUAAAAUUUUGAUCCUGGUAUCUAUGAUGAGUUGAUUUGCACCCACUGGGUCGAUGCCACUGCUGGUUGAGAUUUAUUUCCCCGAGGGUAUCACCAGCCCAGUAGUCAGUACUUAUUUGUUGACUUGAAUAUGUGAUAAUUAUAAAUCGUCUGUUGACAAAACUUUGAAUUUUUGAAAAUCUAAGGCUUUUCUGCCUCAGGAAUAGAUUACCUUAGCUGUAUUUGGCAUAACUUUUGAGAAUGUUUGGUCCUCAAUGCUCUUCAACUUCGUACUCUAUUAGGCCUUUCAAACAGAGCGUCACUGAUGAGGUUUUUUUUUCAGACAAAACGCGCGUCUGGCGUAAAUAUAGAAUUUUGAUCCUGGUAUCUAUGAUGAGUUUAUGUUAGAUAAAUUUAUUAUCAUGAUAAUUAUUUAUAGUUUUGGUAUUUUAAUAUGAUUAACAAUUAAAUUGUAAUGUUUUGAAUUAUUUUUUUAUUUUUAUAUAAUACAUAUAUAGAUUUGACCUAGGACAUUCACAGAUUUAAGAUUUAUUUAGGAUAAAUACAUGUUCAGCAAAAUACACACUCAAAGAUUUGUUUUGUUGCAUAUAUUUGUGUAACGAUCGCUGUGUCCAUUAAAUGACAAUGAAGUGGAGGGGGGCACUUUAAACAAUGAAAUUUGUUAGAAAAUCAUUGAUUGAAAUACGUUACUUUGACGUCAUACCCUUGUUAAGAAGUCAUAAGUGGUGCUGGAUUUAAGAUUUUACCUGUUUUAAAAUAGGUCCAACAACAAUUCAAUUCAAGCUAUUGACUUGAAUUUCUUAAUACAAUGCAAAUUUCUAUUUCAAGUACAUAUAAAAAAUGGCAACUUUUGUACCCGGCCAAAUGCAAAAGCACUAAGAUUGUUUUGUUGUUGUCAAAAACAGUUUUUUUUUUCUUUCUUUCUAAUUGAUAAAUAAUAUUAGUUUGCUGCAUUAGAAGGAGCAAUAUGAUGUUUAAUCAUGGAAAUGUUAUCAGUUAUCACUGAAUUAUGUUAUUGUAUCUGUAUUAUGUUACUGUUUUUCUUUACAUACAUGUAUAUGUGUUAUAAAGACUUAUUUUCAAAUAAUAAGGUCUUUCCACCUUUCAGUGGAAAGACCUUUUGAUUUUGAUCUGAUAAGGUCUUUCCACUUCUCCGUUGAAAGACCUAUUGAUUUUGUUCUGAUAAUUACUUUUUUUUUCUUCUGCCUUAUUUUUCUUCUUGCCUAGUUUUAUUGUUUCAUAAGAUGUCGCUUAGAUAUUUGGAAUAUGAUAUCCUAUAGUUUAUACGCUUUAAAAAUUGACAACCACGUAACCAAUUACUUUACGUUGUAAGAGGUAUCUUCCCAAACACUGUUUCUUGUGGCCAUUUCUCCCUCGCAUUCGAAAAAGAUUACGACAAGUUUAUAUUAACAAAUUGUUCGUUACAUCUACAGGAUUAGGAUUUUUAUUUUGAUCAAGGCUAUACGGAGACCUCAUAUGAGAGUUAUUUCCCCUUAUGUAUUUGAUAUAAGUAAUAUGCAUUUAUAUCUGGUGACCCAUGAGUGAUAGAGAUUUAGGAUCUUUGGAUUUGAGGUCCUUGGUCCAAAAAAGAUUCAAUCAGUUCAAGGUCAAAGGCCAAGGUCAUAUUUUAAAUUUUGAUUUUGGCUUAUUUUCACUCAUUUUCAAAAACCGUAUAACAUAUUGACAAAUUAUUUUCACAAAUAUAUUAGAAGCGACAUGUCGUAACUUAUUAAUUUUGGUUGAAAGGGUGUGCAAUAAAUGGGAGUUUUCGUCUAUUAUAUAUAUUUAGAAUUAUGCGUAAAGUGAUAUAACUCAUUAACCAUACAUAUUAAAGACCUAGGGUCUUUUGAUUUGAGGUCAUUAGUUUGUGACCUUGCAAUAGGUGAAUAGGAAGUUCCAGAUUUUGACCUUUGCUCUAAAUUCCCAUUUAUACAUCAUUAGGCCAUCGGACUGGACAUUUAAGACUGUUUUUUAAUAUUUUAUGUUUAAAAUAUAUCUGUAGUUGUGGAAAGACCUUCAAUUGUUCUCUGAACAAUUGGUUUUUAAUUAUAGUUGAUAUUCUGUAAAAGCAAGAUUGAGAACUAAUGAACCCUAAAUGUAUCAUAUGAAUGUAUAGACCAGUUUUUCUUGAUAUAUGUAUUUAACCUUUUUUUAAUAUAAGUAUGUAUAAUGAUAUUGUUUUUGCACUUUUUACUAGUAUAAUAACAUGACGGUUGCCACUUGUGGAACAGGUUUUUCACUUUCGGAGCACAAUAGAUAACCCUUGUUUGUGGAGGGGUUCGAGUUCCCUUGACUUAAGUUUUCUGUGUAGUGUUUUGUAGACUGUAUUUCAAAAUGUUGACUCUUAUGUAUACGUAGGUGCCAACUUAAGCUCGACUCCGAUUGUGGGAUUUUCUCGCUGCGUUUAAGACCCAUUGGUAGCUUUUCGAUUUACACUCGUUAUGUUGUCGGUCCCAAAGUAAAUAUUGAAUAAAUGUAAUUGAUUGACUGAUUGGUGUUUUAUGCCACUUUCAACACUAUUGUCCAUUUUCGUGGCUGUCACGUUUUACUUGUUGAAGAAGCUAGAGUACCAGCAGAGAACCACCGGACAACGGUAUGAAACCUGAAAUCCUAAUUAAUAUUGGAGUCAAGUUCACCUGUCGCGAGCACAAUUCAAACUCUUAUCAUCGGUGUUGCCCGACUAAUAAUAAAGUAAAAAAAUAAAAUAAAGUGCGACUACUUAGACCACUCACCCACCGAGGCUCCAGAUUAAAUAUAUACAUAUAAGCUUAUU